AUGCCUGAUGAAGCGAACCACGUGGAGCUGGUGUCCACCAAGGCCAAGUUCUUCCACCACUAUCGUGCCUUCUUCUACUGUGGGCUAGUUUCUCUCGGAGGGUUUCAACUUGGUCUCGAUCUUGGGGCUAUAGCUGGUUUUCAGGCAAUGCCCGGAUUUCUCAUGAUUUUCGGGUUUCCCUCGAAAACCUCAGCCCUUGGCUGGGGCAUCGACCCAACAGUCCAACAACUUAUCAGUUCGCUGAUGCUACUUGGCUCCUUUGUUGCCUGCCUAUGUAUUGGCAUAAUGGGCAAAUAUCUCAGCAGAAAAUGGGUCAUCUUCGUCGGCUGCUGCAUUAAUCACCUCGCCGUCGUUCUUAUGAUAGUUGCAAAAGAUUUAGCAACGCUCUAUGCUGGCAGAAUAGUCAUGGGCCUUUCAGUUGGCAUCCUCGACGUAUUGCCACAAUUAUACAUCCAUGAAUGCGCUCCAGCAAUGCAGCGAGGGUCUCUUCUUGGAGCCUUCAAUGUCUUUGUUAGUAUUGGCUUGCUCAUUGGAUCCAUCGUGGACAACUACACAUCAACCAUCAUGAGCAGAAACGCCUUCAGGAUCCCACUCUACACAUUUUUCGUUGUUCCGGUUAUGUUAAUGGUCGUAUUGCCUUUCAUCCCAGAGACCCCGAGAUGGCUCAUCGAACAUAACAAACCAGACCAGGCGAGAAAGGCUUUAGGCAGGCUCCGAAACAAGGAUACCAGCCCUCAACUGCUCGAGGCAGAGAUGCAAGAGAUAGCCACGUCCUUCGAGGCGGAAAACACACUGACCGGGAACGUGGCACUUUUCGACUGCUUCCGCAAAACAAACCUUCGCAGAACGCUCCUAUCGGUGGCACUUAUGACCUGUCUUACCGGCUCAGGCGCAGUGUUCAUCCUAGUCUACGGAACUUACUUUUUUGCCAUUGCAGGCCAGACAAAUGCCUUUGCGGAAAGUGUAGGAAUGACCGCUGCUGGGCUGGCCGCAACUCUCUUCUCAAUGUGGUUGAUUACCCGCAUCGGACGGCGGGUGAUCUUAAUGAUCGGUUUUGCAGCUCAGGCAAUCUCUAUGCUGAUUGUGGCUGUGGUAUUCCAACAUCUCUCAACCAGUGCCACGGGUGGGAGGGUGCUCGUUGCCUUUACGAUCAUUUACCUUUUCUUUUACAACAUGUGCAUUGCCCCAUAUCUCUAUCUCUGCGCAGGAGAGAUCCCGACACAACGACUCCGCGGCUAUACUCUAGGUAUGGCUAUCGGCAUUUCAUUCGCGUGGAAUUGGGUUGCCACUUUUACAGCCCCAUACUUUUUGAAUCCCUUAGACCUCAACUGGAGUGGUAAAUACGGAUACAUCUGGUUCGCCUCCAACGUCAUUAUCCUCAUCUUUGUCUAUUUCGUGGUCCCCGAGACGAAAGAUCGCACUUUGGAGGAAAUUGAUGAGAUGUUCGACGAGAAGAUUGGUGCACGCAAAUUCAGGAACUAUAAGUGUACGCGUGCAGAGAACUCCCGUGCUAUCGGAGUGAAUGUAGUUGAGGACAAGCAAAGAGAGGUACAUGACCAUGUGGAAUCGAUUUGA